AUGCAAAAUGUGGAUUUAAGCCCAAAGCUUGUUUCUUCCCGUAUCGGCUCCAGUCAAGAGGCUUUAACCUUAUUGUCACAACAGACUGCCAGUGUACCAUCGUCUCCGUACAUAAGCGGCUACCUAAAAGACAACGCUAUUUCAAACUUAUCUUUUAAAGUUAAUGAAUCUCAAUCCCAUGAUUCUUCUGAGCUACCCUCAUUGUUAGAGUUGUGUAGUGACGAUUUACUGUUGAGAGAUGCAAAGGAAACGCUGUGUAAAAAUUCACCUGGUUGCCCUUCGCCUUGUCAGCUAGAAGCUUGCUGCAACCAACACAGUGACGCAAAAAAAGCUAAGGCUUCCAAGGGCAUAGACAACGAGCACAAUAGUGCGCAUAGUAAUGACUGUAGUACUAUUAUCACUAAUUGUAACAAACUUAAUAAAUCUAAUAAUUUUGAAGAAAGCAAAACUCAAAAAAGGACCGAAGAAAAUACUAAUCCACUUCCGACAGAUGAAGUCAAGUCUACUAUUAACUUAAAAAAAAGAUAUUAUAACAUUCUUAACGAUUCAUUUUCUAAUAUAGAAAAUAACAGCGACGAGAGUUUGCACACUGAAACUAGGAACUCUAAGGAUAUACCAAACAGUUAUAAACCUAAACGGAGAAAAAGACGUACAUUUUCUGAGCUAAAUCGAAAUGUGCGUUGUCCUAUAAGGAACUGCGAAAGAAAAUAUGCUUCUAAUCACGCUCUUCAUCAACAUAUUAAAAUAAAACAUGGCGAAUUUGACCUUAAUUACGGGCUUUAUUGCAAUAAGAACACACCCAACUACUUGUGUAAUCAUGAGUUUGUGGACAUUAGCCCAUUAAACCAAAGAAAUUAUAUCUAUCCAGUUUCAGUCCCCGAAAAUGAAAUGCUUCUUUACACUGAAAUGCAGUCUAACUCUAAUGGAGACCUUACUCUGGAUAGAUUAACCAAUUUGAGCAUGCCGUCGUUGACCAGUGAGACUUUAAAUCUUAAAACGUUCAAUUCAAACUUUUGUCAAACAGCAAACAUAUCUCCUUUGAAUAACGGAAAUAUAAACCCUAACUUUAACGGCGAAGCCGCUAAUAAUUUUGUGAAUAAUACUUUGAAUUCUCAGCUUUGUGGUGACGUUCUAGUAGAAAAAAAAAAUGUUAGUCUGAAUAGGGCAUCUUUUAACAAUCCGUUGCUAUGCCCACCUGUACCUACUGAAAGUUAUGACCUUCUCGUUGGUAAUACUUCAAUUCAACGUCCAGAUCCAUUUGUUCCACAACUCGCUUUGCCUACAAAUCUCUCUUCCAACAUACUAAUUUCUAAUGUAACACCAAACCGUUCGGUACCUAUACAAAAAAUUGAAAACAAAACGGCUUUAGAGCAGCUGUCUGUCAUUGACUCUGUUUUAGCUAAGGAUCAGUUGUUUACUAGUCAGGAAACUAGUGCAAAGACGCUCGCUAGCGAAAAUUUCUUCUCCGAUCAAUUAACUUCCCCAACAAUAGAGAAUCCUGCUACUGUCCAAACUAAUAUAAAUCUAAACCCCGUCGGAAUACCUUCGCUUAAUACCAAUAUUAUAACGACAGAAAAUCUUAACCUCACUUCUACAGAGAGUAUCCAAAGCGCCCUCGAUAGCGUUGAAAGUACUGCUUCGCAAAUACUUGUCCCUUCUGUGAAUAAAAGCAUUGACGGAAAGCUGUUAGAUGCUUUGUUGGUGGGCAACGCCGGCAAAAGUCAGUUAUAA